AUUCAAAGUCCAACUGUUGCAAUAACAUGCAACAACUUCAACUGCUGAAAGAACAGGAAAGGAUUCAUGGGGAUAAGGAUUUUAAAAUCAUGGCUUAAGUGAAGGAUUUAUAUUGAACUGUCCAGGAAGUGAUCCACCAAGGCCACAGGAUGGCAAAAAGUGUCAUGGUAGCCUAUGUCCUGUGGGCAAUGGGUGGGCCUUUGGGCCUUCACCAUGUAUAUUUAGGAAGAGACAGCCAUGCUCUGUUAUGGAUGCUCACCCUGGGAGGAUUCGGGUUUGGCUGGGUCAGAGAGUUCAUACGUAUUCCUGCAUAUGUUGGCGAGGCCAAUCAAGAGGCAGAAAAAGACAGAAAAAUACGUCCCACUAUGGUCCUCCCACCUGUGAGCCCUGUCAGAUUUGUUGGACAGGUGUUUGUUGGGAUCUAUUUUGGCACCGUGGCUCUGAUUGGACUGAACUCCCUCAGCUUCUUCUACUUGAUUGUCCUGCCUUUAUGUGUGGGUGCAGGGGUACAUCUGGUGUCAUGUAUCGGCCAGCAGACCUCCGAUCUCAGGAAAACGUUGACUACUUGUCUCAUAACCUCCCCAAUAUUCUAUGGCAGCAGCUUAUCCCCCCUCCCUAUAAGCCUGGCUGCCAGUGUUACUGCUGCAUCGUACCGCAGGCACAGACCUCCACCGCCACCAGGGAGCUCACAGAAACUAGGACCACGGAUUUACAGGCUUGGUCUGGCCUGGCUGGCCUUCUCUGCUCCGCUGGGUUACUGUAUUUUCCAUAACACCACAGCCACACUGUACUAUCUGUCUGACUGUGUAGCAGCACUGCUGGAUAUGUUCUGGUUCCUGCCUUGGCUCCGAAAUGUGUUUGAGUACAUUCUUUUAAUGCCAUAUCGGCUCUUGUGUGUAAUUACUGGAGGGGGUUACUAUGAAGACGCUUGGAGGAGGAUGUUGGAAAUACUUUUGAAAGAUUACACUGAGAAAGAAAAAGAGGCUCUGCGAGUCUUGUCAUUGGAAAUAGAGGCCUCCCUAGAAGACAUAACACACAGCUAUAGGGAACUGGCCAAGACAUGGCAUCCAGACCAUAACCCCAGCAAGGAUGCUGAGGCCAUGUUUGUGAAGAUCAAUGAGGCUUAUGAGAUCCUUCUACGACGGCACAAACCUCAGAAAUUCAAAUAGUACCCUGAAUAAAGUGAGACUCUUGAUGACAUUGAUUUUCAGUCAUUUUUUAUAUUCUGUAUUGAAAAUCAAUCAAAAAAACAAACAAAAAGACUUACACAGCAUUUCACAGAGUACUUGGCAUAUUUAGUCUCAAGCAGCACUUUGCUGCCACCUUGUGUUGUUACAGGUGUAAUGUCACCAUAAACUAUUUCAUCACAAUAAUUGUA